AUGUACAACCCCUAUCAGAAUACGGGUUAUUUCCAGCAACAGCCACAGCAGCAGCAACAGCAACAGCAGCAGCAGCAUUCCUUUGGUCAACAGAAUCCUCAGGCUUCUGGGUUUGGUGGCAUGCCAGGAAGUCUUUCCUCUACUCCAAUGAAUUUCCCACAAUUGCAAGCCCAACAGCAGCCUUCAAGGUUUGGCGGUGCCAAUACAGCGGUUAAUCCAACUGGUAUGAGCAAUUUGAUGCCGCAAUCGCAGAGCAGCUUUGGAUCUCAGCAAAAUACGGGAAUGAUGGGAAUGCCAGGACCAUCAAAUACUGCUUCUGCUACAUCUAAUCAAGGUAACUUUGUAAAUCAACCACAACAGCAACAUCCUCAAUCUACUGGUUAUUUUCAAUCUAACGCCUUACCAUUACAACAACCACAACUUCAGAGUCAACCAACCGGAUUUCAAAAUCCGUUGUUAUCUAAUCCUACUGGAGGUAUGCAGCCUUUGUUACCACAAUCUACUGGGUUUUAUCAUCCAACUGGCGGUAUGCCACAAGCUCCACUGGAACCCUUGAAGCCAACUGCCACUGGUUUAGUAAAUUCCUUUGCAAAUGGUGGGCUAAACCAUGAUAUUAAGAUCCCCGCAAGAAGAUUAUCUUUCAUUACAUCUAACGAUCAAGCCAAGUUUGAAACUUUGUUCCGUUCUAUAGUCCCCAAAGGUUCUAAUACCAUUUCCGGUGAAGAUUGUAAAAAGAUCUUCCUGAAAUCAGGACUACAAGCUUCUGAAUUAGCCAAAAUCUGGAAACUUUCUGAUACUACUAGAGCUGGUGAAUUAUUGUUCCCUGAGUUUGCUCUAGCAAUGCAUUUAGUUAAUGAUGUGCUACAAGGUGAUUCUAUCCCUUACGAAUUGGAUACAAAGACUAAAAACGAAGUAGGGAGCUUUGUGGAUGCCAUCAAUUUGAGUAUCGCUAGGGGAGAUGGUGAUCCCGGUCCAAAGACACCAUUUGAUGAUUUGAUGAUGGGGGGUUUAAAGCCCCAAUCAACUGGUUUUAUGCCACCAACUAGUUUUGGCAUGCCCUUACAAGGCCAGGUAACUGGAGGUGGUGCAGGAUUAUUAAACCCUCAACGUACAGGAUUUAUGCCUCAAACAAGUUUUGGUAUGCCCAUGCAACCUACUGGUGGUGCUCAAUUUAAUCCAAUGGGUAAUAUGGGCGGUAAUGCUGGUGUUGGGAUUCAAUCUACUGGUUUUAUGCCUCAAACUUCGUUUGGUGCUCCACUGCAAUCUCAAUUGACUGGAGGUGCUGUCCAACGUCAACCAACCGGUGGAUUUCAAAACAAUUUUAUGCCCAACAUGCAGCCACAGAAUACAGGUGGAUUCGCUGCACUUCAACCACAAAAGAUUCAACCGCAGGCUACUGGGAGCCUUUUGCCUCAAGGCACAGGUGGUCUUAGGCCUCAAACAACCGGCAGUUUUCAACAACAACAACAGCAGCAACAACAACUUGGUGGCUUUCAACCACAACCCACUGGGGGCUUUCAACCUCAACCAACGGAUGGCUUUCAACCCCAAUUGAAUGGUGGCUUGCAGCCACAGGGCACUGGUGGGUUCCAGCAACAGGGAUUCGGGGGCGGCAUCCAACCUCAAUUGACUGGCGGGUUCCAACAACCUCAGCCUAGCGGUGGGUUCCAGCAACCUCAACCUACUGGCGGAUUCCAGCAACCCCAGCCUAGUGGUGGGUUCCAGCAACCUCAACCAAGCGGUGGGUUCCAGCAGCCUCAGCCAAGCGGUGGGUUCCAGCAGCCUCAGCCAAGCGGUGGAUUCCAGCAGCCUCAGCCAAGCGGUGGAUUCCAGCAGGCUCAACCAAGCGGUGGAUUCCAACAACCUCAACCUACUGGCGGGUUGCAGCCACAAUCGACAGGUCCCCUUCAACCUCAAGGGACAGGCUUUGGACAACAAGGCGGCGGUGUUCCACCAUUGCAGCCUCAAGGGACUGGUUCAUUCAAUGGGAACUUGCCUCAACAACCUAAUGGCGGGUUCCAAGGUGUGCCUCCACCUCAACAACAACCCCAACUUACCGGUGGUCUCAUGCCUCAAGCAACAGGUGGUGCAUCUACUGCUGUGCCCAUCCAACAAACUGGUUUAUCCACCCAAUCUACUGGUUUCUUACCACCAUCUGGGUUCAACCCAACCCAACCUUUGAGUGCUCAAAAGACAGGAUUUGGUAAUAAUGAAAUCUAUACGCAAUCUAGUUUCAGUCAAGAUUUCAAUGGUCAAAAUUUGGAUGAUAUUUUACCAGAGGAGAAGUCAUUGUUCUAUAAAAUCUUUCAAACUUAUGACACUGACAAGAGAGGAAUACUGGAUGCAUCAAAGGCUGUUGAGAUUUUCAGGAAGUCCGGUUUGAACAGAGGUGAUCUAGAGCACAUUUGGGCAUUGUGUGAUAUCAAUAACACCGGUCAAUUAAACAAACAAGAGUUUGCUCUGGGUAUGCAUUUGGUUUAUAGGAAAUUAAACGGUUUCCAGCUACCUAAUAGAUUGCCUCUGAAUUUGAUUCCCUCUAGUACCAAGAUUUUGGAUGACGUUAAAAAUCAAAUUAAGAGUAGUGUUGGAACGGAAGAUAGACGUUCUUCUACCAAGACCGAUGCAUUAAGCUAUAAAAACAAUGAUGACGAAGAUGUCUUACCAAGCUUCAGAAAUCGUCGUAAAGUUUUUGGAGCCAAUGCGCCACCUGCAACUACCAAUCAAGAUGCAUCUGCUCCUGCUGCGUCAGCGUCAGCGUCAGCUGCCUCUCAACAAGCAAAGCCAAAUGUUUCAGAUUUAAAGAGGGCCAUUAAUGAGAGGAGACAACGUUUAGAUACCGAAAAAGCUCGGUUGCAGACAACUACUAGUGAUGAUGAUUUGAGAUUCAUUUCAUCUUUGAAAUCACAAAUUGGAGAACUACCCUCAAUAUCUGUAGUUAAUGACUCGGUACCAGCCGAUCUGAAAGAAAGAUAUGAAACUCUUCUGGUUAAACUUCCUAACUUGUUUGUCCAAAUUGAUGAGAUAGACACGCAAAUAAGAAACGCUAAAUUGCAACUGUUUAAGAUGAAGAACCCUUUUUCAAUCAGUGGAUCAGGUCCUAACGGGGAGAUUACUGAUGAGGAUAGAAAGAAGGCUAAGAGUAAAGCUUUGUUGAAAUCGAGAAUGAACGCUCUAACAGGUAAGCCUUCAGGACCAAUUGGUUCCUUUGAAGAGGAGGAGGUCAAAUAUAAUGAAGAGAUUAAGAAGAUUAACGCUGGUUGUAACAGUAACAAAGAGAUUAUCGGGGACAUCAAAAGUUCUAUUGCUGAUAUUGCUGCAUCCUUAGAGUCUGGUUUGAGUGGCGGUAGUAUCCAUGCCAACCCCGGUGAUUUCGAGGUGUGGGAAUUCGGCACUCGUUUGGAACCUGAAGUUCGCGACUUUGUUUAUAGUUUGAGAACUAAGACAUCUCAGCGGGAACAAGGAAAUUCGAGCACUGUGAGUGCCGAAGCCAACUACUCUCAACAAAACUAUUCUCAGCCAGCUGCUCAAGAUGUUUCCAGGCAGACAUAUGGCAACUUACCACAAUCUACUUCUAACGGGUAUUCUCAACAGCCAGUAGACAAUAAUUCAACACCUGUGACAAGUAGUAACAGCCAAAGUUAUAACUUCACCGAUCCGUCAGGCAAUUACCGUUCUCAAGCCACAGUAAACAGUUACUCGUAUUCUUCCAAUGGCAAUCGAUCAGACAAUUAUAAUAGUGGUGGAUCGAACCAAACUAGUAGACAACCUUCAUAUGCUGGAGGUACUUCUCAUAAUCAGCCAUCCUCUAACGAAGUGGUAAAUGGUGACGAUGGAGAAGAUGAAGAGGAGAAACAAUUGAGGGAUAAAUUGGAAAUGUUGAAGCUCAAGAAGAAGAGUGAGAAGGAGAAAAGAUUGGCCGAUCUACGUAGGCAGAUAGAGGAGGCUAAAGCUGAUGGUGAUGAAGAAGCAGAAGUUGCGGCAUUACAAAAUGUUGCCAAUCAACGCUCUACUUCUAGUAUAAGCAUCUCACAGGACCCCGCUCCAAGCGCUGCAUCACCAGCUUUGAAUCAAGGACGCGAUGGUCAUCCAAAUGUUAAUUCAUCUCACCCAUCCUAUGGUAGCGCACCUGCUGCACAUGCUGGCGUCAACGCAACUCGUUCAUCAACGGUUAUGUCGGCAUCUCCAGUUUCGUCAGUAGCAUCACCCCAGCCAUCUGGUCAGGGUGGUAGAAAUGCAUUUUUCAAACAGACUCCAUCUACGAGUUCUUCGUUUGACCUGAGGGCCGCUGAGACUCAGAGAAGGUUACAAAGAGGUUUGGAUGAUGAUGAAAGCGAAGGCUGGUCGGAUGAUGACAAUGCUAAUGCACAAACCGCUUCACCUCCAAAGGAACCUGUCCCAAGCGCUCCAUAUCAACAAGCACCAACACCAGUAGCUCCUGCUCCUGUUGCACCGGCUCCCGUUGCACCGGCUCCCGUUGCACCUUCCAAUGAGGAACCAAAGCCAAUGGCGCCUAGUCUGCCGCAGGUGAAAGAUGAUGGUCCACCAGUGCCCGUAGCUCCACCGCUACCACAGGUGCAGCACCAAGGACCACCAGUACCAGUUGCCCCUCCAUUACCACAAAUGCAAUCCGAAAGUAAACCAUUCUUCGCCGGACCACCACCAUUGAUGCCCAAUGAAGAUGAAAACGGCGGGCAUGGUCAUGGUCAUGGCCAUGAGGAGGAAAAACAUUAUGCGGAUGAAAACGACGACGAUGACGACUCAUUGUCAAUUCCGGAAUCUGUCGGCUCUGAUGAGGACAACUUCGAGAUGGCUCAUUCAGCGCCAAGUAAUAUCCCACCACCUCCACCAUUACCAUAG